GGAAGAAUUCCCUACUGAUUCAGAGCCAUUUGCUGGAUAUAUUGCAAGCACUAAUAUAGCACCUGAAACUCAAUUCGAGCCAAUUCAUCCCUUUGUUAGCAUCUACUCUUCUGGACGGUCUGAUGAUGUUCCAACAAAAAUGCCAGAUUAUCCAAAAAUUGAAGCUCCGUUUAUUGGACAUGUUCACGAAUCAUUUAAACAAAGUGAUUUAGAUUCAACUCAUCUUGAAGUUGAAAAAAGACAUGUUGGUUAUUAUGAACAACUACCUUCAAAGGUAGUUGAAACUCCAACAACAAAAAUAACUGAUUUGCCAAAAAUUGAAACACAAUUUAUUGAAAAUGUCCCGGAGACAUCGAAACGUUAUGACAUUCAUCCUGUGCCAUUUGAAGUUGAAAAUAAUUACAUAGGUUACUACGAACAUCUUCCUCUCAAAAUUCAAGAAGAGAAAAAGCCUGGAGCUUUAGAAAAACUUACUAACCUCUUCAAAGGAAGUAAAAAGGAAGGAGAAUUUCCUACCGAUUCCGAGCCUUAUUUUGGACCGCUUAAAGAGACUAAAGUCGUUUCAGAGGCAACAGGAGAACCAAUUCAUUCUUUAGUUAGUGUUUACUCUUCUGGAAGGUCUGAUGAGGUUCCAACAGCGAGAAUACCGAUAGAAUCGGUGGAAGAACCUUCAGCUCAUUAUUUAUUCGAGACUGAAAGAAAUUCUGAUUUGCCUGAAUACCAAUUAAAUAAUCUUGUUAAUGUCUAUUCUUCUGGUCAUUCUGAUGAAAUUACAACAACAAAAAUAACAGAAUUCCCUAUUAAUGAAGCUCCAUUUGUUGGAAAUGUUCAUGAAAUAAAACGAAAUGAAUGUCAAGCUUCACCACUUGAAUUUGAAAUGAAGAAUGUUGGCUAUUACGAGCAUUUGCCAUCAGUAACAACGGAAGAGGGGAAGAAGCCUGGGUUGUUAGAUAAAAUAACACACCUUUUCAAAGAGGGUGUGACGAUUGGUGAUUAUCCUCAAGUUACUGCUCCAUUCUCUGGACAUAUAUUCGAAACCAACCAUCCUACUGAACUUUAUGCAUUUCAGAUAGAGCAACAUGUUAAUGUUUACUCUUCCGGACGUUCUGACGAGAUUCCAAAAGCUACAGAAUAUCCAAUAGAAACCUCUUAUGUUGGACAUGUCUCAGAGUCAAAGCGUUCACCUGAAAUUAAUUCAGUUCCUUUGGAGAUUGAAAACAAACACAUUGGUUACUAUGAAAGGUUGCCUACACCAGCUGAACACUCAGAAAAGAAGCUUGGAACGCUGGAAAAACUGACUCAAUUCUUAAAAGGAAGUAAAACUACAGAAGAGUAUCUUGUCGAUUCGGAACCAUACACCGGGACGGUGCAAAGAAUUGAGGCCACAUCAGAAGCUCCAAAUGAGCCUAUACAUGCCUUUGUUAGCGUCUAUUCUUCAGGACGUUCUGAUGAAGUUCCAUCAAUAAAAACAACAGAGUUUCCUAUUAAUGAAGCUCCAUUUAUUGGAAAUGUUCAUAAAAUAAAAAGACAAGAAUGUGAAACUUCACCACUUGGGUUUGAAGUAAAGCAUGUUGGUUAUUAUGAGAAGCUACCCUCAACAUCAACAAAAACAUCAGAAUAUCCACAGACUGAAGAUCCAUUUACUGAACAUAUUCAUUCCUUACAACGAAAUGAAGUUGAAAAUUUACCAUUGGAAGUUGAAAAUAAUUACAUUGGGUAUUACGAACAUCUUCCAUCUUCAACAGCUGUCAUUGAAGAAAAGAAGCCUGGAGCUUUGGAAAAAUUAACUAGUCUUUUCAAAGGAAGCAAAACAGAAGACUUCCCGGUCGAUGCUGAACCUUAUUCUGGCCCUAUCACACUAACCAACACCAUUACUGAUUUGACAACAGAACCAAUUCAUUCAUUGGUUAGUAUCUACUCUUCCGGACGUUCUGAUGAUGAGGAACAAACAAAAAAACAUUCAGAAUUUCCCAUUAAUGAAGCUCCAUACGUUGAUUAUGUCCCAGAGUCAAAACUUCAUUCUGGAAUCGAACAUAUCCCUCUGGAUUUGGAAAAGAAGUAUAUAGGGUAUUAUGAGCAGAUGCCCUCAACAUCAAUAAAAACGACGGAAUAUCCGCAAUUUGAAGAGCCAUUUAUUGGCCAUAUUCAUUCUUGCCAACUAAAUGAAGUUGAAACCGUGCCAAUAGAAGUUGAAAACAAACAUAUGGGAUAUUACGAACAUUUGCUUCCAACCAAUGAUGAAGAGAAGAAGUCUGGAGCUCUUGAAAAACUUUCAAGGCUCUUUAAAGGAAGUAAAACUGAUGGGGAUUAUCCAUCGGAUUCUGAGCCUUACAUUGGUCAAAUAUCGACAACUAAUAUCCUUCCUGAAUUGCCAGAAACAUCAUUACAUUCAGUUGCCAACAUCUAUUCGUCUGGACGUUCAGAUGAAAUUCCAUCAAAACAAUUGCCAGAACACCCCAAAUUUGAAGAUAUUUUUAUUGGAAAUAUUUUUGAGACAAAACAAUUUUCCGAGCUUCAAACCGAGCCAUUGGAUAUACAAAAUAAGCAUGUUGGUUACUACGAAAAAUUGCCAAUUACCUCAAUAAAGGAUGAGGAGCAGGAGAAGAAAACUGGCGCAUUAGAGAAGCUAUCUCUUCUUUUUAAGGGUGAAGAAAGUCGAGAUAAUUAUCCUCAGAUCACUGAGCCGUACUCAGGGCAGAUUGCAAGUACCUCUAUCAUGAAAGAAGCACCACUUGAACCAAUUCAUCCCUUUGUUAGUAUCUACUCUUCUGGACGGUCUGAUGAGAUUCCAACAAAGAUGCCAGAAUAUCCAAAAAUUGAAGUUCCGUUUAUUGGAUAUGUUCACGAGUCUUUUAAAUGGAGUGAUUUCCACUCAAUUCCACUUAAAGUUGAAAGAAGACAUGUUGGUUAUUAUGAGCAAUUACCCACUCAAAAAGUAGAACUUUCUGAACGGUCUACUGAAACUUCAACAACAAAAAUUGAAGAACAAUUUAUUGGACAUGUUCCAAAGACAAUGAAACAUUGCGACAUCCAUCCUGCUCCAUUUGAAGUUGAAAAUAAAUAUAUUGGAUAUUACGAACAUCUUCCAUCCUCAACAACUAUCAAAGAAGAAAAGAAGCCUGGAGCUUUAGAAAAGCUAACAAAAUUCUUCAAAGGAGGUAAAACAGAAGGAGACUUCCCUGUUGAUUCAGAGCCUUAUUCUGGCCCCAUCGCUUUGACUAACACCGUUCACGAUUUAACAACGGAACCAAUCCAUUCGAUGGUCAGUAUCUACUCUUCAGGACGUUCUGAUGAAGAACAAGCAAAAAAACAUUCAGAAUUUCCAGUUAAUGAAGCUCCCUUUGUUGAUUUUGUCCCAGAGUCAAAACUUCAGUCUGAGAUGGAACAUAUGCCUCUGGAUUUGGAAAAGAAGCAUGUUGGCUAUUAUGAACAUUUGCCUAUAACAACAGAAUAUCCAAAAAUGGAACAACCAUUUAUUGGUCACAUUCAUGAGAAGAAGCUUCAGCCUGAAUUGGGUGCAUUGCCUCUUGAUAUAGAGAAGAAGCAUGAAGGCUAUUAUGAACAUUUACCCGUAGCAACGAAAGAGGAGGAGGUGAAGAAGCCUGGAUUGUUCGAUAAAAUAACCCACCUUUUCAAAGAGGAUGUGACGAAUAGCGAUUAUCCUCAAGUCACUGCCCCAUUCUCUGGACAUGUAUUCAAAAUUAAUCGUCCUACUGAAUUGCGGAAAUCUCAGAUUGAACAACAUGUUAAUGUUUACUCUUCCGGACGUUCGGAUGAACAUUCAACAACGAAACUAAUGGAAUAUCCAAUGGAUAAAGCCCCUUUCAAUGGCACUAUAUUUGAUACAAACAAGCAUUCCGAGUUGAAUAUUUUACCUCUGGAAGUUGAAAAGAGGCACAUUGGUUAUUAUGAACAUUUACCUCCAUUAAAAUCUGAAGAGGAGAAGGAACAAAAGCCUGGGGCAUUAGAGAAGAUUACUCAGUUAUUCAGAGGCAGCAAAGCUACUGAUGAGUUUCCUUUCGACUCGGAGCCGUAUACUGGGAAAUUGACCAGUACUGGCAUAGUUCAUGAGUUAGAAACAGAACCAAUCCAUUCAAUUGUCAGUAUAUACUCUUCAGGAGAUUCUGAUGAGGUUCCAACAAUAAAAAUGCCAGAAUUUCCUAUUAAUGAAGCUCCAUUUGUUGGGUAUGUCCCAGAAUCAAGACUUCAUUCUGGAAUGGAACAUAUACCUCUGGAUUUGGAAGGGAAGCAUGUUGGGUAUUACGAACAUUUGCCUCCAACAUCAACAAAAACAACUGAAUAUCCAAAAGUUGAACAACCAUUUAUUGGCCACAUUCAUUCUUGCCAACUAAAUGAAGUUGAAAGUGUGCCAAUGGAAGUUGAAAAUAAUUAUAUUGGAUAUUACGAAAAUCUUCCAUCCUCAACAGCUGUCAUUGAAGAAAAGAAGCCUGGAGCUUUAGAAAAACUAACUAAACUCUUCAAAGGAAGUAAAACGGAAGGAGAGUUCCCUGUUCAUUCUGAGCCCUAUCUUGGCCCUAUAACACUGACCAAUGCUGUUACUGAUAUAACAAUAGAACCAAUUCAUUCUUUAGUUAGUAUCUACUCUUCUGGAAGGUCUGAUGAAGUUCCAACAGCUAAAAUAACAGAAUUCCCCAUUAAUGAAGCUUCAUUUACUGGCUAUUUACAUGAAACAAUCCCACAGGGUGAGCUGCAUCCCUCUAUGCUUAUAAAAUCAGUUGAAGAGCCUUCAGCUCCAUAUUUAUUCGAGACUGAAAGAAAUACUGAAUUGGCUGGAUAUCAAUUAAAUAGUCUUGUUACUGUUUACUCUUCUGGCCGUUCUGAUGAAUUUAAAGCAACAAGAAUAACAGAAUUUCCUAUAAAUGAAGAGCCCUAUUUUGGCAUUAUAAAUGAGUCUAAAAGACUAUCUGAAUUUAAUACAAUGCCUUUGGAAAUUGAAAGAAAACAUGUUGGUUACUAUGAAAGUUUGCCUUCUAUAAGUACACAUGAAGAAGAGAAGAAGCCUGGAGCAUUGGAAAAGUUGGCACACUUCUUUAAAGGAAGCACAAAAGAGGUUGAAGAUUUCCCUAUUGACAAGGAAGCUUAUACAGGGCAUGUUUCAAUGACUGGUAGAACAAAUGAAGCAACAAAUGUGCCAAUCCAUCCUUUUGUUAAUAUUUAUUCUUCUGGACGUUCUGAUGAAGCUCCAACAACAAAAGUUAUAGAAUUUCCCGUUAAUGAACCUCCAUUCACUGGCAAUGUUUUUGAAUCAAAUCGACGCUUGGAAUUUAUUCCAAUACCUUUGGAGGUUGAAAAACUACAUCUUGGAUAUUACGAUCAUCUGCCUUCAACAAUUAAAAAUGAAGAGAAGAAACCUGGAGCAUUAAAAAAAUUAACACAUCUCUUCAAGAGAUCCAAAACAGAGGGAGAUUACCCAGUUGAUACUGAGCCUUAUACUGGACCUUUAGCGUCAUUAAAUAUAAUUUCUGAAGCAAGAGAAGAACCAAUCCAUUUAUUAGUUAGUGUCUACUCUUCUGGGCAUUCUGAUGAGGAACAAAUAAAAAAGCAUUCAGAAUUUCCAAUUAAUGAAGCUCCAUUUGUUGAUUAUGUCCCAGAAUCAAAACUUCAUUCUGGAAUGGAACAUAUACCUUUGGAUUUGGAAAAGAAGUAUAUAGGGUAUUACGAACAGCUACCCUCAACAUCAACAAAAACAUCAGAAUAUCCACAACUUGAACAACCAUUUAUUGGCCAUGUUCAUGAGGAUAGGCUUAAAUCAGAAUUGGAUACACUCCCCCUCGUUGUGGAGAAAAAGCACAUAGGAUAUUAUGAACAUUUGCCUACAACAAAAACAUCAGAAUAUCCAAAGCAUGAAGAACCAUUUAUUGGCUAUAUUCAUUCUUUAGAACAAAAGGAGGUUACAAGUGUGCCAUUAGAAGUUGAACAUAAACAUAUGGGAUAUUACGAACAUUUGCCUUCAACUAAAGAUGAAGAGAAGAAGCCUGGGGCUUUAGAAAAACUAACUAACCUUUUUAAAGGAAGUAAAACGGAAGGAGAAUUCCCCGUUGAUCGUGAGCCUUAUUUGGGACCAAUUGCGAAGUUUGAAGUCUUUCCAGAGGCGACAGUAGAACCAAUUCAUUCCAUAGUUAGUGUUUACUCUUCUGGAAAGUCUGAUGAAAUUCCACCAACAGAAUAUCCCAAAAUGGAGGCUCCAUUUAUUGGCUUUAUCCACAAUUCGAAACCCCAAUGUGAAUUGAAUCAAACACCUUUAGACAUUGAAACGAAGCACAUUGGCUUCUACGAACACCUACAACAAUCUUCCCAUGAUGAAGAAAAGAAGCCUGGAAUCUUGGAAAAAAUGACAAAACUUUUGAAAGUAAGCAAGAAUGAAGGAGAAUUUCCUUUUGAUUCCGAACCUUAUGUUGGCCCUAUUUCAAAUACCAACACAGUUUCUCAGCUCUCAGAAGAGCCAAUUCAUUCUUUAGUUAAUAUUUACUCUUCCGGGCAUUAUAAUGAACAGCAAAAAUUGGAUAAUAUUUAUGAAGCAAAAAUAAAAGAUGAAUUAAUUAAUAUACCCUUGGAGGUUGAAACUAAACAUGUUGGUUAUUACGAAAAUUUAGAGCAACCUCCAACAAUAAUUAAAGAAAAAAUAAAGAUUGGAGAGCCUUUAUUCCAAACUGUUCGAACUUCAGAAAUGAAAGAAUCUAUGCUAGACAAUUAUGUGAAUGUUUAUUCCUCUGGAUAUUCUGAUGAAAUUCACCCAACAAAGAUUAAGAAAGACUAUCCUCAAAUUGAAGCCCCUUUCAAAGAAAACGUUUCCGAAUCAAAACGUCAAUUAGAAAUGGAUUCAUUACCUUUGGAAUUAGAGAAGAAGCAUUUAGGUUAUUACGAUCAUUUGCCUAAAACUGAGGAAACAAAGCUUGGAUCUUUGGAUAAAUUGACACAAAUCUUCAAAAGCGGCAAAUCCAUCGAAGGAUUUCCUUCAAUUUCUGAGAGAUAUACUGGCCCUGUUAAUAAUACAAAUCUAUAUGAAGCUAAAUAUGAACCAAUCACUUCUUUUGUUAAUGUUUAUUCGUCUGGCUUUUCUGAUAAACAACCAAUUUUAACAACAAAACUAUUAGAUUAUCCAGUAAAUGAAGCACCUUAUCUUGGCCACGUUUUCGAAACUAAACAACAAACAGAACUUAAUUCUUCACCAUUAGAAGUUGGCAACAAAUAUAUUGGUUUUUAUGAACAUUUGCCUUUAACAACAACAAAAGUUGAGGAGGAGAAAAAGCCUGGAACAUUGGAGAAGUUAAAACAUAUUUUCAUAGACAGCAAAGCUGAACAAUUUCCUUUCGAUCCUGAGCCUUUCAGUGGCCCAAUUACAAACACCAAAAUCUCUUCUGAAGUUAAAAUGGAGCCUAUCAACUCAUUUGUCAAUGUUUACUCUUCCGGUCGUUCUGAUGAAAUCCCAGCUUCAACAACAAUUCCAGAAUACCCGAAAAUUGUAUCAUCUCCAUUCCUUGGCACUGUUUAUGAAGCUAAACGUCGAGGUGAAUUGACUGAUGCUCCAUUGAAAGUGGAAAACAAACAUAUCGGCUAUUACGAACAUCUUCCGUUUUCAACAACUAGCAAAGAAGAAAAGAAGCCUGGAGCAAUAGAAAAACUGACAAAACUCUUCAAAGGAAGUAAAACAGAAGGAGAAUUCCCUGUUGAUUCUGAGCCUUUUGAUGGAUAUAUUGCAAAUACUAAUGUAGUGUCUGAAGCUCAGGCAGAACCAAUCUAUUCUCUAGUCAGUGUUUACUCUUCUGGGCGUUCAGACGAAACUCCAACAACAAAAACAUUAGAAUACCCAAAAACUGAAGCACUAUUUGUUGGACAUAUCCUAGAGACAAAACAUUCCAAUCUCCAUCAUGUUCCCUAUGAAAUUGAAAAGAAGCACAUUGGUUAUUAUGAACAACUACCCUCAACAUCAUCAAAAGCCUCAGAAUAUCCCAAACUUGAACAACCAUUUACUGGACACAUUCAUUCCAUGCGAAGAAAUGAGGUUGAAGAUUUACCAUUGGAAGUUGAAAAUAGGCAUAUUGGCUUCUACGAACAUCUUCCUCUCACAAAUCAAGAAGAAAAGAAGCCUGGAGCUUUGGAAAAAUUAACCAACCUCUUCAAAGGAAGUAAGACAGAAAGUGAAUUUCCUGUCGAUUCUGAGCCUUAUUCUGGCCCUAUAACAUUGACUAACACCGAUACUGACUUGACAACUGAACCAAUCCAUUCAAUGGUUAGUAUCUACUCUUCCGGACGUUCUGAUGAAAUGCCAACAACGAGAAUACCGGUGGAAUAUCCAAGAAUCGAGGCUCCAUUUACUGGUUAUGUACAUGAGUCAUUUACACAGAGCGAUUGCCACUCAAUUCCUCUUGAAGUAGAACGAAGAUAUGUUGGUUACUAUGAACACCUACCCACUCGAAAAAUAGAUUCCUUUGAACGGUCUGCUAAAACUCCAACAACAGAAAUAUCUGAUUUUCCAAAAAUUGAAGCAAAAUUUAUUGGACAUGUCCCAGAGACAAUGAAACAUUACGACAUCCACCCUGUGCCAUUUGAAGUUGAAAAUAAAUAUAUUGGAUAUUACGAACAUCUUCCUCUUACAAAUCAAGAAGAGAAGAAGUCUGGAGCUUUAGAAAAAUUAACCAAGCUGUUCAAAGGAAGUAAAUCUGAAGGAGAAUUUCCUGUUGAUUCUGAGCCUUAUUCUGGCCCUGUCAUAUUGACCAAUACAGCUACUAACUUGACAGCAGAACCAAUCCAUUCUCUGGUUAGCGUUUACUCUUCCGGACGAUCUGAUGAAAUUCAAAAAACAAAAACAACAGAAUUUCCAAUUAAUGAAGCUCCAUUUGUUGGUUAUGUCCAAGAAUCAAAACUUCAAUCUGGAAUUGAACAUAUACCUUUGGAUUUGGAAAAGAAGUAUAUAGGGUAUUACGAACAGCUGCCCUCGACAACAACAAAAGAAACGUUUAUUGGUUAUAUUCAUGAGAAUAAACUUCAGCCGGAACUGGUAGUAUUACCUUUCGUUGUGGAGAAGAAGCAUAUAGGCCAUUAUGAACAGUUGCCUUCAUCAUCUUCAAAAAGACCAGAAUAUCCACAACUUGAACAACCGUUUAUUGGCCACAUUUAUUCUCUCAAACUAAAUGAAGUUAAAAGCGUGCCAAUGGGAGUUGAACAUAAACAUAUUGGAUAUUACGAACAUUUGCCUUCUAAACAUGAGGAAGAGAAGAAGCCUGGCACUUUAGAAAAGCUGACAAAACUCAUAAAAGGAGGGAAAACGCAAGAAGGAUUUCCUGUUGAUUCUGAGCCUUAUUAUGGCUCCGUUUCAGAGUUCAACAAAUUUUCUGAGAUUAUAACUGAACCAAUUCAUUCUUCAGUCAACUUAUACUCUCCCGGGCAUUAUGAGCUUUUGCCAAUUAAAAUAAUUCAAACUUCUCCGGAUACUCAAGAGAUGAAAAGUGUGCCUCUCGACGAUAAUUUUGUUAAAAUUAAAGAAAUUAAUGGAAUUUUUGAUAAAAAAUCGCUCAGAUCCGAAGAAGGGUUUCUACGUGGAUCUGUUGAAACAAUUGUUCCUGCACACUUGAAAGAAGAAAUAAAAAUCGAAGAAAAGCCUAUUUUGGAGGAGAAAGAAUUUUUAGUCCUAGGAUUGAACAAAAAUGAAAUUAAAAAUGUUUUGAUGGAAGAUUUUGUUGAGGUUUACAAUAAUGGAUAUUCCUUUAUUGAGGAGGAGGAGAAGGAAGAUAUUCCAUUAAAGAAGGAAAUAAUUGAUGUUAAAACAGAAGAAAAAUUAAUUAAAAAUGUUCAAGAUAAAAGUUUUGAGUUGGAUUAUAUUCCAAUUGAAAAGAGUGUUUCUUUGUAUCAUCAUGGUUGGUAUGGAGGAAGACUUGCCGAAUUUGAGGAUGAAAAAGAUGUGAUAGAUCAAAGACAACUAUUGCCUCAUAUGAAUGGAACAUUAAGCGAUAUUAAACAGAAAAGGGAUGUUAUUGGAAGUAUUGACAAAACUCUCACCAAGCCCAAAGAAAACCAAACUGUAGAACCCGUUGAAUUACACGUUCGUAUAAGUGAAUUAAAGAAGCCUGGCAUUACAGAAGAUAAUGAAAAGAAAAAAUUAAAACAAUUAUCGUUUCCAACAACUUUUCCUGUUAAAGAAACUAAAUUUGAAGAAAGAACACUUGGAGAGGAUCAAUUACAAAGUAUUUAUGCAAAAGCGGCAUCUUUUAGAGAUGAAAGACUACCUGUUGCUGCCACCCAAAGAAUGAGACGUCCAAUGGUCAUGAAAAGUGAAGAUCUGAGUAUAGAUUCGAAACCAAAACCACUUCCCCGUACUCAAUAUACUUCACAAUAUUCUGACCAACUCUAUAAAUACUCCUCACCAGGAUCCAUUCGUAGACCUGUAGGUGCUUCUCCUAGAGGUUGGACAAGCGUUACUGAGGCUACUACAAUUACUUUUGCUAAACGUCAUUCAUUUGAUAGAACAACAGAGGAGGGGAAAGUUCAACAUGUUGUUGAGGACAUAAUUGUAUAUAGACACGGAGGAGGUGGAAGUGCGGGUCCUGUUCGCCGAAUGCUUCCUCCAGGCCUUCCCAAGGCUCCGGCAACUAAGAAGAAUAUUUUGCCAAGCUCUUAUUUGGAUGAACGUUAUCAUAAUAUUAGUCAACGCUAUAAUUAUUACAGAAGCCGUUCCCAAGACCAAGAACAAAGAGGGCAAAGAAAACAUGAUAAAUGGUUACAGACUGAUCCAGAAGAAUUAAUGGAAUUAAACAACGUUCCUUUUGAACACACACACACUUCUCGAAGUGUGGGGAGAACAACAACAACAGAAAAAAGAAGUCAUCAUUUACGUACUUAUCGUUCAUAUUCCUCACACCUUUAUGACAGGCAUGCUUAUGCCCGAGACUAUAGCAGUCCAAGAAGGAGUUGUGAUGCAAGUCCAGAAACAUUUGCUUAUCGUACUGAACGCUCUACACACUCACUGGGAAGGUUAAAUGAUGAUUUUCCGAUACAGAGUGGCUUUCCACGCGCAACAACUGCGCCUAUUGCAACACAAACACCGCCACUCCAACAACGUCGAACUUUUAUGAACUAUGAAAGUUCAAUUAACAGGCAACAAGUCCCUGAUCAAUCACCUAGAAUGCAGAAGCAACUCAUAGCGCAACGUUCCAAUAUUGAAGAGACACCUCUUUCAGUUUACUCACAAAAUGGAGUUGAGGAAACUCGAACAACAAUACAACAUUCAAAAACCCUGCCAUUAGAAACGCGUAUACUUCCCCCAGGCAUUCAUACACCUCCCCCACCUCUUCCACACUUUUCAACAGUAAAUGGUGGAAGUCAUGAAAUAGAUGAAAUUAAACAGGAGAAACAGGAAGGAAGUCGAAGAACCUCUCGAGCUUCCUUGCGCCAAGCACGGCAACGUAUCCGAAAUUAUUGUGGGGUGCUAUAA